AUGUAUGUGGACCUGAAUUUGAAAUUUUCAUCAGUGAGCAAAGCAAAGGCACAGAUAGCCAAGGCGCUUAACGUAGGGUUCAGCAUGGUAGCAGUGAGUGUACAAUAUGAGGCAGAGAAUAAAGCCAUUUUAUCUGAAUCUUUUAAUGUAGUAAAUUGUUUAGUGUGUAAUAAAAAAGGUUUGGAGAAAACAAAUGGAAAGAGCUGUUCUGGAAAUUAUUUUGUUGACCGACUUGAUGAGGAAGAAGAACUAGGUGAACAACUGGUCCAGAUAAGUUGUAACCCUGAGUGGAACUACAUUUUAGUAAAUCGACCCAACACAUUCAGCAUUAAAAAUGUAUGUGAUGAUUUUAUAAUGCAUGGGGAUGACCAAGUGCCGACGACGGAAGACCUGGACAAAUUAGCCAACCACAUAAUGCAUACCAGCUGUAUACCCAGUACACAUCAGAGUGUCAUUCUCACAAACAGUACAAACACCUAUGUACUGAAGAGACUGAAUAUAAAAUAUGAAGACGCAGUGAACAUGGAAAACUACAGCAAGUUUAUAACAACUAACCACUUGGACAUUGUUGCCAUUGAGGUUAGCUCGCUAGAUGAAAUAAAUAGUGUCGCCAUGAAAUUUGAUUGUGACAUAAUAUUUUUCAACAUGAAUAAAUCCUUUGCACAAAUGAAAAAAUCUGAUGUACAGGGUGCACUAGAUAAAGGGAUUUUUUUUGAAAUUUCUUCUCUUACCCAUGGAAGUGAAGACUCCCAUUAUUAUCACUUAGCUUUAAAUAUUUGUAGCCUGUUCUCGGUAGUCCCCUUUAGCAGAAUCAUUGUUUCCUCAGGGGCGUUCACAGAAACGGAGAUCAUAGAACCGCUAAAUUUGCUGCGACUCUUGUUUAACUUUCACAAAAUUUCCUACAAGGACCUACUCGGGUGCAUCACCACCGCGCCCAUUGCCUGUGUGCAGCGGGCCUCCGUGCGCAAGUCACGCAACACGGCUGUGUUUCAGAGGUAG